AUGACUUCCGAUCGCCAUAGAGAGACUGCCAUCAAGCAUGCCCGAAUCAUUGAAGAUCAGAAGCGGGUCAAGGAGCAAGUCAUUGACCUCAUUGUUGAAUGCUUCGAUCUCCCCUCAACACCUCAAGCAAUCCCUAGCACUGCUUCCGCGGGAGACGUCAGAACAUUCAAGAAGGCCCUCAGCCUAUUCCAAGCAGAAGAUUUCGAUGAGCUGACCUCUGAGCGCAACAUCGAUGAUAGAUGCGGCUAUGCCUUAUGUUCGCGGCCGAACCGAAAGCACGCUAGUGGAGGUAACAAAGUCUGGAACCACAAAAGGGGUAAGGACUUCAAGUUGAUUGACCGGCGCGAGGUCGAGAGAUACUGCUCAUCAGAGUGUGAAGGACGUGGCGUCUUCGUCCGGUCUCAAUUGUCAUCAGAGCCGGCUUGGACGCGUGACGUGACAGAGACAUCUGUCGUCUUACUGGACGAUGUUCAAGAACAAGACGAUCUUGCCGCUGCAAUCAAGCAGCUGACUCUCGAUGAGACGGCCAGAGCCGACUUGUCUGAAAAGAUGAAGGAACUGUCCUUGGAGCGUGGAGAUGGCUCUAAACCUCAGCCCACUUCUCUGGAGGUCGCUGAGAGGGAGGUGUCCUCCGAUGAGGUGCCUCUUCCACCCGACCCAGGCGGACUUGACAGUAUCGAAGGGCAUAAUCCACGGAAAGUGAGGUUCGCGGCCGGAGCAGACUGA